CGAGUACUCUCGAUUUCUCAACUCUCUCUUCUAUCAUCUUCCAAUCCACCAUUAGCACCAUGCUCGCCCGCUCCGCCGCCUCCAGCCUCCGCGCCGCCGUCGCGCGCCCCGCGCCCCGUGCCGCGCGCGCCGCCCUCGCCGUCCGCUUCAACUCGACCGAGGCUGCGAAGGAGGAGCCCAAGGAGGACGAGAACACGAAGAAGAUCGCCGAGCUCGAGGCCAAGGUCAAGGAGCAGGAGAAGGAGAUGCAGUACCUCCGUGCCGACUACCAGACCAUGUCGCGCCGGGUGCAGGAGGAGCGGGCGAAGGCGACCGACUUUGCGAUUGCCAAGUUUGCGCGCGAGCUCGUGGGCACGACGCACGUGCUGGGGACAGCGCUCAAGCACACGCCGAAGCCGAUCGAGAAGGGCAGCGCGCUCGCGAACCUGCAUGACGGCGUGGAGCUGACACGCAAGAAUCUGCUGCAGACGCUCGCGCACAACGGGAUCACGCCGAUGGGCGAGCUGGUCGGCACGCCGUUCGACCCGAACUCGCACGAGGCGAUUUUCCAGGUGCCUGCGGCGGUUGCGCCGAAGAAGAGCGACGGGAGCGAGCGCGGGCCCGGCGAGAUUAUCGAGGUCCAGAAGGAGGGGUGGAUGAUCAAGGAGCGCGUGCUCGUGCCCGCCCAGGUCGGCGUCGUGCAGAUGGAGUAAGAGCCGGCACUGGUGUCGGCCCCAAAGACAGGGCUUAGAAGGACAUAAGUGAGCGGAGGGAGGCUGCCGCCGCUGGGCGCGGCCAGGGCGGACCAGGCGGAGCAUGUACACCAGUAAUACCAGUACUGUACUACGACCUUUUGCAUGCAGCACCACUUCUCAGCAGU